CUUCUGAUCAUCACAAAGCAGCUGAAUCGAGGAGAGUCCCCACUUUCCUUCGUUGGCUGGAAACAUUAAACUCCCUAGCAACAGGAAAACAUCUUUCAAAGUAAAAAUCCUAAGCUACCUAGCAACUAAACAAUGUCAUUUAGUGCCUUUCCAACUUCCAGAUUUGAAAGGAGACCUGUGUCUUUACACAAAGACUGAGGCUGCUUCAAGGAUAAAACAACACUGGACAAGGAUUGAUGGUCUCGGGGUACUGCUGAAAGGAUGUCUGCACUCCGUCGAAAAUUCGGUGAAGACUAUCAAGUUGUCAAUACUUCCAGGGGUUCCACCUACAACGCUCCCAUAAAAAAGAAAAGACAAAGGUUUGUUGACAAGAACGGUCGUUGUAACGUACAGCAUGGGAACUUAGGCGGAGAGACAAGUAGGUACCUUUCUGAUUUGUUCACUACUUUAGUGGAUCUGAAGUGGAGAUGGAACCUUCUAAUUUUCAUUCUGACUUACACAAUAGCCUGGCUAGUGAUGGCUUCAAUGUGGUGGAUCAUAGCCUAUAUCCGUGGAGACAUAGAUCAGACCCAUGGUGAGAACUACACUCCGUGUGUGGCCAAUGUCUACAAUUUUCCAUCAGCUUUUCUCUUCUUCAUAGAAACAGAAGCCACUAUUGGUUACGGCUUCCGAUACAUCACCGAGAAAUGCCCUGAGGGUAUCAUCCUCUUCUUGUUCCAGUCUUUGCUUGGCUCCAUUGUGGAUGCCUUUUUGAUCGGGUGUAUGUUCAUCAAAAUGUCCCAGCCAAAGAAAAGGGCAGAGACUUUGAUGUUCAGCCACAGCGCAGUCAUCUCUCAGCGUGAUGGCAAAAUGUGCCUGAUGUUUCGAGUAGGGAACCUUAGAAACAGCCAUAUGGUCUCUGCUCAGAUGAGAUGCAAAGUGAUAAAGUCCCGACAGACUCCAGAAGGCGAGUUCUUGCCCCUAGAUCAGUGCGAGUUGGACGUCGGAUUUGGCACUGGUGCAGACCAACUGUUCCUUGUUUCACCUCUGACUAUUUGCCAUGAAAUAAAUCCUAACAGCCCUUUCUUUGAUCUAUCUCAGCGAUCUCUCAGAAGUGAUCAAUUUGAGAUUGUGGUAAUACUGGAAGGAAUUGUCGAGACUACUGGAAUGACAUGUCAAGCACGGACCUCAUAUACAGAAGACGAAGUUCUUUGGGGCCAUAGGUUUCUUCCAGUCAUGUCACUGGAAGAAGGUUUUUUCCGCGUGGACUAUUCCCAGUUCCACUCCACAUUUGAAGUCCCCACUUCUCCAUAUAGUGUAAAGGAACAAGAUGAGAACCCGUCACUUACAUCACUCUGCGCCACUCCUUCCAUCAGCAACAGCAAGAACAGAAAGGAGAGAAUCUUCUCCCUGGAUUGCAUCGAUACCCUCGAGGAAAAGGGCAGAAAAUUGCCAGCCAAGCUUCAGAAAAUGAGCUCCUGCAAGGAUGAGCUGCAGAAGAAAGUUCUAAGAAUGACUGCAGACAUAGGAGAAAAAACCUGCAGCACUGGGGACCUCCCUUUAAAAGUGCAGCGGAUAAGUUCAAUUGCCAACAAUUCCGGUGUUGAGGAAAGACUCCCUCUGAAGGCCUUCAAUACCAAUUCCGAAUCCAUCACUCAAUCAACGGGGGAUCUGCCACAGAGGGCGUAUGACUUGCAACCUACAGGUUCACGAAUGGACGACAAUUUACCUGCCAAACUGAGAAAAAUGAAUUCUGAUCGCCUGAUUUAGAAGUGUGAUUUUUUUUGAAGGUGAUCUGUAAAAUACCAGAGACUUAAGACUCUAACUGAGGUGGAUUGAGCUGCUUUAGGGUUAUAUACACUUAGCUAAUGUUGGUUUGGUUUGCAAAGUCAUGUAGCUAUAAUGUUUUAAGUUGAAGGAAAAAUAUGAGCAUCUGUUUUGUUCAUGCUUCAGUGUCAGAAUACUAAAUUAGCAUAAAGUAAGCGUAAACAUGGAAGAGGAAUCAUUUGUCUUUCUAGAGCAGCCCAAUUAAGCUUUAAUCAAGCCGAAGCCUUGAGUAAAGCUCCUUGGUGCAUUUCUUCAAGUAGAUUGAUUAAUAAACAUAUCCUCUGUCAUCAGUUUGAGUCACACUGAUUCAGAGGGUCCUAGGAUUUAUGUUUAUGCUGUGCCAAGUUAGCCUAUCUCAACUGUUUUAAAGCAGAAGCUUAAAACUGACUUUAGCAUUCCAUUGCUAAGGAGAAAAAUCAACCAGAUCUUCAUCUCCAAUUGUGAACUCUAGUUUUUCGUGUAUCGUUCUUGCUCUUAAUUAGGUUCAAUGUUCUUUGUGAUCUGAGGUAAAAUGAAAAGGUUUUUAAAAUCCACAUUACUGCAGCAAUUCAACCUUGACAAACCAAUCCCACAUUGUGUCCUACCCAGGGCUGCUUUUUCUAAACUGGACAACUAAUUGAAACAUUGUCAAAAUAAAUAGAUAAGCAAGCAUUUGAAUUUCAUACUGAAACCAAAUGAAACAUUGGCACUUGUGCAGAAAAUGAAUAUCCAUCAUUGCUCGUGUUCUAAAAUUUAGGCCAAACCUUUGAAGAAAUCAACAGGAAUAUUAAGGAUGUUUCCAGUCACUGAUCUUUAGCGAGAAUGUCAAGUUCCUCAGAGAAAGUGCUGAACAGAUUUAUUGCAAAGGUGUCCGGAAUAAAAGAGAAAUUUGAGAAUUUGGGGCUGUUUCCCUAAAAACAGAGAAUGCUAAAAGAGGAUUUGCUUGAAGUAUUCAAAAUCUUGAAGGAUGUUACUGGAGUAAAUAAGGAGAAACAUUCCAGUCAUACCAAGCUUGGGACAUAGAGGACACAAACCUAAAAUCAUUGGCAAUGAACCAGAGAUGAUAUGAGGAAAACAUUUUACUUGGUGCAUUGUUUUCUCACUACCUGGAACACAAUGCCUGAAAGAGCUGUAGAAGCAGUUUUAAUUAUAAUUUUCAAAGAGAAAUUGGAAAAAGGGCAGGAAGUAGGUGUUGGGAUUGGAGAUGAUGAGGCGGCUUUGAAAUGAAUGAUUCCUCUGAUACUCAUGAGGUUGAUGAGUGAUUAGAUAAGGGUUAGGUCUGUAUGCUGCAUAAGCAAAUAGCAAGCCAGCAUUCAGUGAAGAAGCUUUUCCAUCCAGGAUAGCCAAAUUAACAAAUGGCAGCUCCAUUCAGCUGUAACCAAGCACCAUAGGAGAGAAAAUUAGAGAUGAAAUACAUUUUUAAAGCUCUUUGCUGAAAUGAAAAAAAGUUCCAUAGUUAUACGAUACAACUUCAGUUAAGAGUCUGGUUUGGUUUUGAUGCAUUACUUUGAAAUUGAAUCAUAUUGGCUUCAUUCUGCAAACUUACAGUGGGGUUGACUGUACCUGUGGCAUUUCCAUCUAUGAAAAGCAGCAAAAUGAAGUCAAGUAUUGCCACCCAUCUGUUACCAUUGCCACCCAUCUGUUUGUAGUGGCCUAUUUUCCUUGAGCUAUGCCAAUUUAAAUUGAAUUAGAUUUGUAACUACAUAGAAGCCCCACGCAGCAAAAUUGACCAGUGCAUGUGAAGGAAUUAAUGGACAUUCAAGUUCAGCUUCAGUCAUUUGUGACAAUGCUCCUGAUUUUCCCAGAGACAGAACCUUCUGGUGACUUUUACUCAUGUCAGGCGCUUGUAUGGGAAGUGCUUACAAUGUUUGAUAAUGCUUGACGUAGAGUCGUAUCACGCAGAAACAGCCCCUUUGGCCCACCAUGUCUAUGCCACCUCUUGUACACUAAUCCCAUUUACCCACGUUAGGUCCACAGCCUUCUAUGCCUUGGCGAUUCAUGUACUUAUCCAGUUGUUUCUUAAAUGUUUUGAAAGUAUCCAAGUAUCUGCCUCCACCACCUCUUCAGUCAGCACAUUCCAGGCUCUAAUCACCUUCUGAGUGAAUGACAUUUCUAAAGAAUAACUGGAUGCUUCAACUGGAUUUAAUUAUUAAGACAAUUUUGACUAGAGAAAAGCCAACUCAUGUAGAAUGAGAUGUAAUCCGCUGAAAGUGCAAUGGGAAUAGUUACUUGAAUGUAAGUCAGUGUCUUGUCAGUGGGAGAUGUUUACGGAGGUGAUAGUGGAGGUUCAGAGUAAAUAUGUUCCACAAAGGAAAAGGAUUGGAUUUCCUCUGGAUGGCAAAGAACGUACAAGUUAGGUUAAGUCACAGAGAUGCAUCAGGUGGUGCUGCUGCGUAACACCUCCAGUGAUCCCAGUUCGUUCCUGACCUCCAAUGCUCUCUGCAUGUUCUCCCUGGGAUCGUGUUGGAGAAGCAAGGAAGGAAAUAGAUAAAGAUCUGAUCAUCAUUUUUCAAUCUUCCCUGAGUCCAGGUGUAGAGUUGAAGACUGCUAACAUGGUGCCGUCAUUUAAAAAGGGAGAAAACGUCAGCUCGUGUAACCACAGUCAGCCUAACAUCAGUGGUGGGCAAAAUAUUGCAAAAACAAAUUGAGGAAAAGUAUAAAAUCAUCAUUUAGAUAAGCAUAAAAUGUCAGCAUGGAUUUGGUGAAUGAAGGUCAUAUCUAACCAAUGAAUUGCUUAUUCAGGAGGUAACAGAGGGUUGAGUGUUGUGCUGUUGAUGUAAUCUAUAUGGGUUUUAGUGUAGUUUUGAUAAGAUUCCAAUAUGAUAAACUGGUCAUAAAAAUAAAAUCCCAUGGGAUCCAGGGAAUGUUGGAUGCAAAAUUGUUUCAGAAAUUGGUAAAGGUUGAUGACCAGAAGGUUGUUGCACAUAGUUCUACAUAGUUUACUGCUAGGUUGCAUCCAUUCUAUGGGAUGUGUCAGUGAUUUAGUUUUGAAUGUAAGGCCAUGAUUAUCAAAUUUGUAACUAGGCUGGUGAGGAAGAAAGUUGUACAAUGCAGGAAGGUUUCAAUGGUCAGUGGGCAGAAAUCUGAUGAAUGAAUUCAAUAUGGAAUAGUAUGAGGUAAUGCAUAAUAACUGAUAGGAUAUCAAGAUGUUCAGGGAAACAGAGAGACUUUGGAGUGUGUCUUCAUUGAUUCCAGAAGGUAACUGGACAGGUAGAUAAGGUCAUUGGUAAAGCUCAGGAGAUAUUUACUUUUGUUAUCCUAAGCUCAAAUUUUAGGAGCAUGGAAGUUUUGGUUACCAUAUUAGGGGCGUUAGUACCAAAGAGAGUACAGAGGAUAGUUGCAAAGACGUAGUGAAGAUUAUGAGGGUAGAUUGGAUAGCUGGGGUGUGGGAUUGGCUCAUUAGCUCUUCUUCAGGACAGUAUGGACAUGAUAAGCCAAAAGACCUCCUUCAGUGCCAUACACUUCUCCCAUUUUGAAGACCCAAUGUUUGCAUCAAGCACACUGUUCCUACACACUACACUCUUACCUCUAAAGAAAAUCCUUUACUGCAAACGAGUCCAACCUUUCAGAGCAGUGCUUUGGAUGUUUUGCCACAACCAAUAUCUGAUGAAAUUGCCGUUGAUAUCUUGGUAAAUUCACUGGCCAACACACAGGCUCCUCUUUCUUUCACUUUGACUGUAAUUAUUAUAUCUCGUUCUCUUCAGCCUAUUCCCCCCCCCCCCCCCACUUCAUCUGUGCCUCUCUCCUCUCAUUAAACCUUUCUAUUUCCUUCUGUUUGUAGGUUCCUGCCUUGCCCUUCAACACUGGUUUCUCUCCUCCUGCAUUUAUUUCUCUCUUUUCCCUCUUGCACCUUCCUACUUGUACCUUUCCUCUUCUGAACUGCAGCAGAAUAUGGGGUGGAAGAAGUGAGUCAGUCAGCAGCUCAGUAAUGGCAACAGAAGUCGGGUCACUAGGUUGCUCCAGAGUAAGCUAUGCUUCUUCCCACUCCAAAGCUUGGCUUAUAACGGAAAGGGAGAAGAAGAGACCUCUUAAUAAAAGCUUUCAUCUCUGAAAAAGGUAAAAAUGGAAACUAUGAAACUAUGGAGACAGAGGAAUCCUUCAAAAUAACUCCGUGCUAAUAGUUUGGAUCUGGAGAAGAUGCUUACUCUUGUAGAAGAAACUGAAUCCAGGUGUCAUUAUAAUAAGUCCAUUUAACACAGUGCAAUUUUUUUUUCUCUCAGAGAGUUGUGAGUCUUUGGAGCUUGCUUCCUGAAGGGGAGUUAGAAAAAGAGUCUUUGAAAAAGGCUGACAUGGAUUGAUCCUCGAUAAGGGGGUGAAAGGUUAACACAGGUAGAUGGGGAUGUGGAGUUGAGGUUACAAUCAGAUGAGCCACAUUUUUAUUAAAUGGCAGAGCAAGGUCAAGGGGCUGAGUGAUCUACUCCUGCAGGUGGGAACAUCAGACUGGAACCAAAUAGAAAGGAAUAAGUGGGUAAUUGGCCUGGGGUCGGGCCGAUUCUGGAGUGGUCAGUGUGGGUGUCGAGGGUUUGAACUGAUCCAGAGCAACAAACAAUCUGCUGGAGGAGCUCAGUGGGUUUAGCAGUAUUUGUGAGGGGAGAGGAAUUUCUGACAUUUUGGGUCAAAAGCCUGCAGCAGGACUGAUCCAGGCCUGGGUGAGGGCAUGAGUUGGGAGGUGGUCACCUGGGCUUCCACCGAGCGCCUUGUUGUAUGUGGGGGAAGGGGCAGAAGGGAAAGAUGUUUAUGGGAGUCAGGUUCUGAGAGGAUUGGAAGAUUAUGAAGUCAGGAGGUUGAGCUUUGAAAGGUGAGGGGUCAAGAGGAUCAGAGGGUUAAUGGUUCAGGGGUUGGCAAGAUGAGUUGUGGGUCAGAGGACAUGAAAUCAGGGGAGGACAGAAAGAUUGGGAUUUCUGGUUGUGGAAGCAAAUAGUGAGGAGUCCAGAACCAGACUGGGAGCUAACAUAGUGUGUUGUGUUUUAUAGGGACAGCAGAAGGAUGAGAUAUGAAUAAUGGACUUACAUUACGAGGUUCAAAAUGUACCUCUGCAACACUAGGGCAUGGUUGUCCCUGGAAUUCCCAAUAAUGCAUGUUCCUGGCACAACAGGUUAAAUUCCUCUGCAAUUCUCCAAAAAUGUGCAGCACAGGGAAUGAUGUCAUCCAUGCGUGACUGACACAGAAAUCCCAACAGGGGCAAGAAUGUCUCAUGUCUGGGGGUGCCCGGUCAAACUUUCAGAAUGAGCUGAAAUAUUCCAGAAGUGCUGAUUAUUAUAGUUCACUUCAAGAAAAAAUGAUGCUCAUUUGCAUAACUUUGAAAAAAGUAACAUUAUGCAAUUGAGUUUCAAGGGAAUUACUUAUUGUAAACUUGGAAAAUUAGAGCUUUUUUAACUGAUAAGAAACUAUUAAUUGUUAGUUUAUAGGGAGCUAUAACUAUGAAGGUUCUUGGAAGAGCUGCAAGUAUACAAGCAGCUUCUGUAAACAAUUAAGGAGGCAAGUAGUCUGUUGCCAUUUACUGCAAGAAAGCUGGAGCACAAAACUAAAGAAGUCUUGCUGAGAUCUUAAGCAGCUUUGAUUACAUUUGGAAUCAUUUGGAAUACAGUGUACACUUUUGGUCUCCAGGCUUAAGCAUUGGCUCAGUUUGCUCUAUACUCGUUAGAUUUGAGAAAAUGAGAGGUUGUCUCAAUUUAUUCAUAAAAGAUUCUCUGAGGAGGAUUGACAACAGAGAAGUUGAGAGGUUAUUUCUUUUGGGUGGACAAUCCAGAACCAAAGGGCAAAGACUUAGAUAAUGGGUUAGCCAUUUAGGUCCAAGAUGAGGAAAAUAUUUUUGCAAAGAGUUGUAAAUCAUUACAUUUCUCUAUCCCUGAGUGUUGUGGUGUUUGGUUGUUGCAUGUCUUCAAGGAUAAGAUGGAUAAGACUUUGGACAUUAAGGGAAUCGAUGAGUAAGAGGUUCAGAAAGGAAAGUGGUCUUGAGGUAACCAUCCAUGACCUUUUUGAAUGACAGAGCGCACUCCAGGGAUUUUCUGGCCUCUUGUUUCUAUGACUUAUAUUCUAAAACAAACAGGGAAAUUUGGCAGUGUAUCAAACACCAAGUUCAGCCAUUGGAACACUUCUUACUGAGUUUUGGAGAGAAAGAACAAAUGAUCUUUUUCACAAAGUGGUGAACAUUUGAACACUUUCAUCAGAAAUAUUUGCUUGCGUUAUAUUAGCAAAAAGAACUGGAGUGAAGCUGCAAGCAGAUGAUAUCCAUUUGACGAUGCCUCACUUUGUCAUUGAAGAGGCAAUUAGUUUUGCUGGAAACUAAAUGGAUUAAAGCAAUGUUUUACAAAUGUAAAGGUAAAUCAUUUUAUUCCACUGAAUUUACUUAUGUCCUUACAGCAAUAUUUCAUUUUUCUCCAUGUUUAGUGAAGUGUUCAAAUUGAUUUAAACAGUGGCCCAAACUCUCAAUGCAACAGCACUCUGGGAGCACCUUCACCCCUGCCUCUCAAGGGCAAUUGGGGAUGGGGAAUAAAUACUGACCUUGUCACCAAUGCCCACAUCUUGGAAAAUAAUUUCAAAAAAUAAAAAAUCUUCCAUUGAAUAGAAAUUCACUCAAGAUCACUGGUAUCUUGUCUUCUUAUCUUGCUCCUACUUGGAGUCAGUCUUCAGACACAAACCAGAUGAUUGACGAGGCCCAGUGCAACACAGAGCAGUUCCAGUCAGAAGAAGCAAACCUCACCGUGGAAUUGCUUUCUCUUCAACAUCGAACAUUUGAAGCUAUUAAAUAUCAAACAUGGGAUGUUUUUAAUGUAAAAUGAAAAAAAACCUAAAACAUAAGAAAUGUUUA